ACGACAAGAAGAAGAACGAGAGGGCGAAGAAGAAACGUCGCACCAAUUUAUUGCAUUGUUUUUCAUGUUAUAUAGAAGGUGUCUUUUAACACCAUAGUUUGUUCUUGUAAUAUUAAAAGGCGAAGCUACAAAGGGAAAUUUACAUUCGUGAGAAGAUUAAAAAAAAUGCCCGUAAAGGUUGUAUUGCAUGAGAGCACGGAGCCAGCGUGCUAGCCGCUCUGCGCAUGUGCAGCCGUGUUUAUUAAAGUCCAAUAUUCAACACCAGGUGGAUGGAGUUAUGUCGCCGUUAUCUUCACACCUCCUCAGAUCCGCUCAUAUCGAGUAACGUAAAGGUAAAUUAGUGAGUAUUGGAGGGAGGAUCUGCAGGGUGGAAGGAUGAGCGUUCCGCUGGGAAGGACGGGGAUGAUCGGGCUGGCGGUCGGAGCCACCGCCGGGCUGGGACUGAUCGCCAUCAUCGUUUACCGGGAGAUCAGCAGACGGAGGUCCGGGAGACUCGCUGCUGAGACCCGGGGAGGGACCGGGCUCUGCGAGGGGGCUGGCGGGGCAGCGGCGCUGCUGCAGCGGCUGGACCAGCAGGAGAUGGAGGCCCAGCAGCAGGCGUUAGCGGCGGUGGAGGCCGCGGUGCAGGGACUGUCGCCCGAGCAGCAGCGGGAGCUCAGGAAACAGCUGGACCAGGUGCUGAACUGCGUGGCGUCACUGCGCUCCGAGGUGGCGGAGCUGAGGGGCGGCCUGCAGGACAUCGCCCUGCAGAUCAUUCAAGACGUCAAAAAGGGGGUUGAGGAGAGUCAGCGGGUCCGGCGGCGCCGCCAUCUGGUCCACAGAGAGCGCACGGACUCCACCAGCUCCAGCUCCAUCUACUUCACUGCCAGCCAGGGGGCCAGUGCGCAAGGGGACACCAGUGAAGGAGGGUACACUACAGCCUACGCCGAGUCGGACUACACGGAUGCAGACACGGACAGGGAGGAGGGCCGGCAGGAGCCCGAGCCGGAGUCUGAGGAGGAUGAGGGACGGAGCUGUGCCACUGUGCUCACCCUCAGACAAGAGGAGUCCCAGGACGGAGAGCUGGAGGACAGGGAGCUGGAUGGGAGGGAAGAGGAGGAGGAGGAGGAUGAGGGGAACGUGCAGCUGCUGACGGAGGUUCCCAGCGGAGAGCUGGCUCUCCUCCUGGCUCAGAGUGACAUCCUCCACACGGGAGAUGCCCGUCUGAAAGCAGAAGGAUUUCGACUGCUGCUGGAUAACAGAGCAGAGUACGGACACAGCAGGGAGUUCCUGUGGCGACUGGCUCGAGCCUACAGCGACAUGUACAGGUCUUCUGAGGACAGGCACGACAAAAAGACAUACGCACUCAAAGGUCGAGAGGAGGCCGAGGCCGCCCUGCAGAUCAACGGACUCAACGCUGAAUGUCACAAAUGGUUUGCUGUGCUGAGCAGGCUGUCCUCCGUGCACGAGAGCGUGCACAGCAAACUCAAGAGCAGCUUCAUACUGAAGGAGCACCUGCAGCGCGCCAUGGCCCGCUCUGACGACGACCCCACCUGCUACUUCCUGCUGGGCCGCUGGCACUACGAGCUCGCCUCCCUGGACUGGCUGGAGAGGAAGGCGGCGGCGGCCCUCUACCCGAGCCCCCCCACCUGCACGCUGCACGACGCCCUGGAGAACUUCCUCAAAGCAGAGGAGCUGAGUCCAGGCUUCUCCAGGACUGUGAGACUCUACAUUGCCAAGUGUCACCAGGAGCUGGGAAACGUGUCCGAGGCUGCAAACUGGGCCACGCUGGCCCUGAACAUGCCCCCCAACUCUGAAAACACUCCCAAUGAUGUGAGACGCUCGUCAUGCUCGUCUGGAGCAUCUGUAGCUGUAGAUCACAGUUAAAGACAUUUCAUCAGGAUGAAGAAACGGCUGAAGUAGAGGCUAACCUUCGAAUCCUAACAGACCGAAAAAUGUGAAUUAUUUCCUACUGACAUUUUGCAUUCGUCUAACUGACCCACAAAUGACUUCUGUUUGGCUGCUUGUUGUACUAUUGCUGUGAAAAUGGGUUUUAUUGAUGUUUAUUUUGUGCAAACCUUAAUCUGACUUGUCUUUUUUUUAAAUUAUUAUUAUUUAAUUGCUAUUUUUUAGCAAACUGUGUUCUGAUCUUUGUGUUAAUUUCACACGCAUCACGUUCCUUAAAAUGUAAUUGACAUUUUAUCACAUCCCUGUCCUCUACUUCUGGUAUAAUUUGUUCAAAGAAGAGACAGAAAGUUAAAACCUGUACAAAAAAACCCCCAAAUCCUUGCUUUUUUCCCUCUUGCAUUCCUACUUUUAGGUUGACACACUCACACACGCACGCACGCACACACACACCAGUGACUCUGAUUUGAAGGUACUUUGAACGAGAAGGAUCUAAAAAAUGAGGAUGGAUUCACCUCAAACCUGUCAACGUAUUUUUCAUUGGAAGCUUCAUGUGUGAGAGAAAUGACCAGCCUUGUAAAAGUUCACUGUGCAACAUUUAAAACAACCAUGCCUUGUCUUCCUUUCUGCUGAGACUAAAACAUCUAACAUCCUC